AUGACGAACCAAGUGAAUGCACCACCAUCUACUGAAUAUGCAAUAACAUUAAAGAACAAGACUCUCUUACUCGAUAAUGAUACUGACUCGAAUGAAGAAGAAGAAGAAGAAGAUAUGUAUUUACUACAUAAUCUUGCUGAAAAAGGCGAUUUCAAUUGUUUACGUCAACUCCUUCCACCUCGUUUUCAACACCAGAUGGUAUCUCGACCGUCACAAUUGACAAUCUUAUCAUGUGAGACAAGUCUAUUGGAAAAAGAUGAUAUGGGCUUUCUACCACUUCAUGUCGCUAUUAUUCAUCAACAAGUGGAUUGCGUCAUCCAUGUCUUGCGUUAUUCCUCAGCACUUACUAAUGCAAUGAUUCAAUUAAAUGGUGGAGAUUUUAAUACACCAUUGAUACAUUUAAUCUUACGUGUGGGAGCUUUAAAUGCUUCAUUUAGUGAAGAAAUAAUCAAAGAAUUAUUUUCAGAGAAGAAGAAAAAGAAGGAAGACAAUGAUGACGAUGAUUUUGAUUAUUAUAGUGAUGAUGUACGUGCAUUAUUAUUGGAAAAGAUAGCAGCUAGAGAUGAAGAAGGAAAUACGGUCUUUCAUCUAUGUGCUCGCUAUGAUCUUGUCAUGUGUUUACAUAUCCUAGUGACGUUUUAUAAACGUCAAUUUGCUGCUUGGGAACUUUAUGAACGUGAACAAUUUGAUCGAGAGGAUCAUGAAGAAAAAGAAGAUAAAAAGACGACGACAAAGAAGACAAUAAAGAAGAAAAAGCCCAUGAAACUUGAAACGUUGCUAGAAAAGGGCAAUAAAGUGGGAUUUCGACCACUACAUGAAGCCAUGAAGUAUCGAGCAGUUGGUGCAGCAAGAAAAUUGGUAAACGAAUACAACGUUGAUAUGAACUCCAUGACCUCGCUGCAUCAAACACCAGCGCACAUUGCUGCGCUUGUAGACUUUACUGAGGGUGUAAAGAUCCUGCGCAACUCUUCUCGGCAUGUAGCUGCACAUUUUACGAUCAAGGACAAACAUGGACGGACACCAGCUCAAGUGGCUCGUAGGUGUGCGUUUACUACUCUUGAGAUGCAAAUAUUGGCUGGUGAAGCAGGAACUUAUGCUGAGGAAUCUGCUGUUCAUCAGGAAAAGGUCCUGGAGCGAGAUCAGACACGACUUUUUUUCCAUCCCGAAGUUUGGAGGCAUUUGCCUAUGACGUAUCACCGUCGCGGUGGACCUGACCCUCCACCUGAAAAUCCUGAACGAAUUGACACGUUAGUAGAUCCUGUUUUUGGCAUCCUUCAAUCUCGUGAGUUUCAACAACCGAAUGUCAAGUGGGAUCUUGAAAUAAAACGCGCUGAUAUUGCCGACAUUUUGCGAGUGCAUGAGUUCUCGUAUGUCAAUCGUAUCCGCCAGAAGUGUUCCUCUCUUGCUGCGUCAGUUGUAGGUGAGCGACAUGAUAAUUUGGAGAACGAUGGCAUGGAUGGCACAAGUCACGACCAGUUCCUGCGCCCGUUCGAUUUGACAUCAGCUAGCGGUGCUGAUGACACGAAGGAGUGUCAUUCCACGUUAUCUUUGGAUUCAGAUACUGCGUUGUCAGCUCGUUCCUUUGACGCAGCCACCCGUGCUGCUGGAGCAGUGUGCAAGGCUGUUGACGAGGUUGUUGCAGGGAAGUGCAGGAAUGCGUUUUGCAUUGUACGGCCACCUGGACACCAUGCCGGACCGGUGGGUAAGGUGGUUUGUGAGAACGACCCAGAGGGAAGUCUUGGGUUUUGCCUUUUUAAUAACGUGGCUAUCGGAGCAGCGUAUGCACGCGCGCAUUUGAAACAUUGCGGUAUCGAUAGGGUAGCUAUCCUGGACUUUGACGUGCAUCAUGGCAACGGCACUGAAGAGAUUGUCCGACAGCUUGUACCGUCCACCAAAGAAAUAACGUAUGAGACACCCUAUGGUGUUGGUAAGCAGGUUGUGCAUCAGUACAAGCCUUGGCGCAGUGACGAUGACUCGGAGAACGUGUUUUUUUGUUCGGUGCACGGAUACGGACACAAGGAUCCUGAGCAUAAGGAGGAGUUGGUUAAGGGUGAAACUCAGGGCUGGUUUUACCCUGGUUCCGGCAUUUCGAAUGUAAAAGAGGCUCCACUCAUUUGGAACGAAGGCCUGUCCUUUUGUCGUGAAGGCACAUCCGCUUCACGCCUUACAUGGCGAAGCGCAUUCCGUGACCGCAUUUUGCCGAAACUGCGAGACUUUAAUCCGGACCUCAUCUUCCUAUCGGCAGGUUUUGACGCACAUAAGAAAGAGCUGGUCAAUUGGGGAUAUGUGUCGCUGCUGGAGCAAGACUAUGAGUGGCUUGUGAGGCACAUUAAACAGGUGGCCAAUACUUGCUGCAACGGCAGGUUAAUCUCAGUGCUGGAAGGAGGCUACAAUUUUCACGGUCGAAUGGUCUCGCCCUUCGCGCGCAGUGUCGCGGCCCAUACGCGUGCGCUCAUCAACCCGGCGCAGGAGCGCUGGGAUGAGGAAGAAAUUGCCAAGGAGGCCACGCAUGAACAGACGCUGCUGGCAAAUUACUUGGCUCCAGCAGCUUCAAGCUCUGUUGUGACGGUACUGCAGACAAAAAAGCGCACCAAAGACGCGGCGUCUCUUUUGCAUUCAAGAGACAAGCGCAUUAGGAAGGAGGUAGACUAUGUGGCGCUAGCCAAGGAACUGUCUGAGCAGAGGUAG